AUGCCGUCCGUCUCGGCACGGCUUCAGAGACGGGUGGCGACGCUGCUUGUCAACGCUGCGCCCACCCUUGCGCAGUGCCAAGACGAGUUUAAAGAGGUUCAAGACAGACCGCGAGGCGGCACGCGAUGUGUCAAAAUGCUCUCGCGGGACGUGCCGACCAAGCGUGGCCUUGCCGUGCUUGCUACGUUGGCGCCCAGUGCGAUCGCUCUGUUUGCUCCAGCGUGGCUGUCGGCGCUGCCGCCGACGAUCGAGGCGACCCGCGAUCUGCUUUUUCCGAUUGUUGGAUGGGCGCACCGCCGACUCGAGCAGACGCAUCGCGACGCGGUCUCAUGCUUGGCAGCCGAGUGCUUGGGAAGACUUCUUGCCGCGCGCGUCCCCGUUUGCGCGAACCCGGCGCUCGUCAUGUCGGACAUGGAGUUGAGGAAGGAACAUUGCGCCCAAUGCCAGCAGGUGGCUGCGUUUCUGCAGGACAACACCAAGGCGCACGUGGUUAUCCAGGCGAGAUCCUAUGACGUCUGUUCGAUUGUUCGGAAGCUUGUGACGGCACACAAAGACCGCCUUUACUUCACCACAGACGCAUUUGUACACGGCAUGUAUUCGCCCGCCACCGUGCUACGCAAGGUUCUGCCAUCCGCUGGUAGUCCGAGAGCUGAUGCCCCAAACGACGACCAAGUGCACGACGACUCCCGCAUCGCGGCGCUGGAAGCGAUACUGGCCGACGACACCCGACGGACAAAGCGCCCGCGGCUCGCAUGA